AUGGAGCCUCGUGAACAUCGUGCAGUUGAUGUUGAUGGGCUGCGUAGGAAAUUGGCAGAGUUAACACAUAAAUUGCGUUCCCGAGAUGCUGACUCCUUCCCUUUUGAAGAACGUCGGGAAAUGAUCGCCUUCUUGACUUGGGAGGUAGUCAGAGGAGCUUUAGCGAUUCACAGAAAUCCCAAAAAUGAAGACCUCCUAAGGAGUGCCCUAUCGGAUGUGAAUAACUUAAUGGUGGAACUAGUCAUGGGGAAAUUCGCAUAA